ACGUUUUAUAAGGCGGCGCAAUGUGCGACCUCGAAAAUUUCCAGUCUUAACGUUGUUGCUACACCAUCCAAAUGGCAUAUCAUUUACGAUGAUAAAAGUACUGAUUUUGUUCCGGAUAUUAAUGCUGCAUUUUCUACUUUGUAAUGGAUGUUCCAACCUCUACACAUCAAUUGGACAAUGUAGGAAACCCAUGUCCUCUACUGUGCUCGAUACGUUUUCUUCAAUAAGUCAAACAGAAUGUGAAAACCAUUGCAAUAAUAACAGUGGCUGUAAGGGAAUUGGAUAUACUCCGGCUGGUUCCUUCGGAGCAAGUUCAUGUGAAUUGUCAUCUUCAAGCUUCUAUGAAUUCGGUUUCUUUUGCUCAACUGUGUUUUACGUGAGACAUUGUCCAGGAGGAUGCCUCGAUAGCUAUACCGUAUACGACCAGAAUACAAAAGGGGAAGGGAUAAUCCAUGUCGACACACAAAAGGAAAAACAAUGCGAAUCUCUUUGCAAUGCUAAUAGUUUAUGCCAGGGAUUUCGUCAUGAUACAAGUGACAAUACUUGCGAGCUGACUGUGGGAAAUAUCGGCACACCUUCCGGUUCCUCGGGAUCACGCUUUUACCAGAGACACUGUCCAAAAGAUUGCAUUAACUCCUAUUCAUCUCCAAUGGGAUAUUCAAAAAGCACAGCGGUAUAUUGGGAAAAUAAUAAAGCAACUGAGGCAGAAUGCCAAACGGAUUGCAAUACCGACAGUUUCUGUAUGGCAUUUUAUUAUCGAGCAGAUUUGACAUUGUGUCAAUUAUCAACGUCAAAUAAUUUGGGGUUUUGGUGGUUAGGGCCAUGCAGUUCUUGCAAUUUUUAUCGACGACAUUGUUACGGACAAGCAGCAAGCAGUGUUACCGAGGGAACAGGUUUGGAAACUACGACGGACGACGGUGUCCAAACAACCCUUUUAGACACUAAGACAGUAACAAUGCAAGAAACACUGAGUACAUACACAACUGGACUUGGUCAGACGACAUUGAGUGAUUUCAAAACUUCGAAAACAACGGAAGACACACAGACUGAAAUUUUAACAACUUCUACAUCCCCGUCUACUGUAGAUAACAGCUCUUUUGUGCAAUGCGUGUGUUCGUGUAGAAAUUCGAGCAUGAGUCUUGAGGAAAAUAUUGAAAAGAGGAAGAAAGAGUUACAGGUCAAUGUAGAUGAACUAUCUUCUUCAAAGAGAAAAUUAAUCAGCGUGACAGAUCCCCGACCCUCGGCGCAAGCUAUAGGACAUGUUGGAGUGGGAAUUUUGGUUCUUGUAGGAUGCCUUUUUCUUGUACCCGAUUUAUUUUCUGGUUUAGCAUUUCUAAUCCGUAGUUAUAAAUUCUGACAUUCUGAAUUAAGAAACUUGCUUGGAGUGUGUCCACUUUGAUAUACACUGUUGUUUAUUUGUACACUGACAUCGAUUUUUAAACAAAAAUGUGUUUUAAACAUUUUAUUUUUUCCUUUUCAAAUUUAUUUUUUCCUUUUCAAAAAUAAACAAAUUAUUCAUUAAGGAAAAAAAUCAAAUCAAUUUUUUAAAACUUACUUUAUAGCAAUAUAUUCCAAAAUAUCCCUUUUGACAUUGACCAAGAAUUUGAGCAAUCGACUAAAAUGUCUAUAAUACGCAUUUUGCUGACCAAAGAUAUAUAGACGACUAUUCCAGAUAGUAAUUGAUGUAUCAUUAGUAUUUGUAUAUAAACAAAUAUAGAAUAAAGAAAGAAAUUACAAUUUAUUUGAAUAAAACUUUGGGCAAA